AUGUCCUCCUCGACCUCCUCCACGACUUGCUCUACCACGUUCUUCCGCACUCUCGGCCUCAGCCUCGGAGUCGCCCUCCUCUUCGUAGCAAGCUUGAUACCCUCAGCGCGUGGAGCGCCGUUCGGCUCACCCCCCGGCCGACGCACGCACUACAUCUGCGGACCUACCGACCCCUUCUGCCAGUUCUUCGAAGUGUGCGACGUAAAGACUAGGCCUAAUUGCCCCUGUAUUGAUUCUGAGGGACCUGGGAAGCCUGUGUUUACUCAUGCUUGCCCGCCGUUCCACAGCUGCGAACCUUUCUCGGAGGAGACGAGGUGGACGUACCAUGUGUGCAGGCCUAUGGCGGGUGGACCCGUAUUCGGACCUACGAUUCCCCUCGAGGAGGACGAGGGCGGACAUGCCCACCCAGAUUCAGAGGAAGACGGACCGACCACGGCCAGCGAGGAGGGAGAACUUGCGAGCACUGGCAGCGACGAUCCUGUAGCUGGUUCGGGAACUCAAACCGGAGACGAGAGUGCGCCGUCCCCCAGCUCCGACUCUGGGUCCUCCCAAUCUGGUGGAGAAGGAGGAGGGGCAGGUGGAGAAGGAGAAGUGGUUCCUGGUCCGGGCCCCGGUGAGGGAGGAUCAGAUGGGGAGGUGGUGGAUCCGCAGUGAACGAAUCUGUCCGCUGCUCGAUGUCCGAGUCUUCGAUGCCCUUGAUGCCUUUUGUUGACGUCAGACUUGGAUGUCGACUUCCAAAAACGACCUCGCCUAACGCCGGACUGAUAAUUCGAUAAUGCUUGGACAACGACUGAUAACGCUUGGACGAUUUCUAAUGCACCGACGAUGAUCAUUGCUAUCAUGUACCGUUAUCGUUAUCGUGUACGACCCUUUAAGAAGAGAGAUGAAGAAAAGACUUGAACGAUGAACAAAUGAAUGAACGCUUUGGACUGUAAUUAAUGAGUAGUCAGUAGUAAUUGAACUUUGAACGAUGUCCGGUAUUUUAGAUUUGUAACUUUGUACUGUGGAUAAUACUUGUUUUCUUUC